UGUGGUCCAUCGAUCAAAGAAAUAAAAAGUCGAAAAGUUAUGAACAAAACGUGUUUCAAGCGAAUUUAUUUUGUUUGUGCAUUUAUCUUUCACGUGUGCUAAAACAUAAAUAAUCGAUCAAUUACUUAAUACAAACGUUCAAUUUUACAAGUAUUGUGUUUAGAAAGUUAAUUUUUCAAAAUGGUUGUAGUUUCGCCUUCAUUUUCGGAACCGGUGGAGGGUAUUAUUAUGCAGAGUCCUUCCACAAAAUUGCUUGUAAACGACCAAGAAUUAGGAACUGCAACUCUGUAUAUCACCGAGCAUGAUGUUGUAUGGGGUGGUGGGGUAGGCAGCAAUGGUGGGCCAUCCCCUACAAUCUCCCUACUGUACCCCAACAUCUCGCUGCAUGCUAUACAGAGGGAACCAUCCCCAGCAUUGUAUAUGGUGCUGAAUUAUGAACUAAGAUUACCAGAACUGACAGCACAGUCUAGUGAUGGAGGUGAUGAUGAUGAUGACUUUGAUGUUGAUGACCAACCCAUCACACAGUUACGGUUUGUACCACAAGAUGAAGGUGAUCUCCAGCAGCUGUACUCUGCGAUGAGCCAGGGUCAGUCUCUGCACCCUGACCCCACUGACGAGGUGGAUGAUGAUCCAUACCUUGAUGGAGAGGACUUUAAUGAAGGUGAGGAAGAAUUUGAAGAUGCAGAAGAGAGUGAGGAAGCCCCCGCUGAACGUUUGAGACAAUUGCGCCUUGAGAACUCCAACGGAGUACAUUACCAAGACUGUGAAGAUGCUGAAAUUGGAGAGGAAUAAUUCCAGUAGUUUUAUUUGUAUUUCUAAUUUGUGUAAUUUGAGUUUUUUUGUAUACUGGAUAUCAUCUCGUACUGAUUGUUCAUUUUUACAAACUUAUAAAUAACCUGAAAGAAUAUGUUUGCAGAUAUAUGUUGAAAAAUAAAUGAGUGUUUUAUUUUUUUGAUUAAAGGAUUUUUAUAAUCCAAAAUAUCGUAAAAAAAGUAUCUUUAUUUUGAUUCUCGAAUAUUAUUUCUUAUUUAAAAAAUAUUUGUUAAUUUUCAAAUAUAUGGAGAAAUUUGGUCAGUUUGAGAUGUUUCCAAUAAUCGAUGUUUGUUUCAUAUUUGUGUAUUAUUUUGUUUAAAAGUUGUAAAAGGACAUUUUCUUUAGUUUUAUAAAUGUGAAAUUCCAUUUUUUUUACCAAGAAAAAAAACUCAUAUAUUGUGGUAAAAGUAACUAUUUUUUUGUCGCAAAACAAGUUUUUCUAUUUUUCUGGUCUUACAUACGUCUGUUAUAAAAAGAAUGGAAGGAUUUUUUUAUAUAAAUAUUUUGAGUUUAAAUUUGCGUAUUACGCUUUUUCAAUGUCUCAAUAUAUCAAAGUGCUGUAGUUUUCGUAAUAUAUAAGAUGUAAUAAAAAUAGAUGUAAUUAUAUGUAUUUUACUUAUUUGAGUAUAUAUUUCUAAUGGAAUUGAUAUAAAAAAUCAAUCCAUAUUGAGGAUGAAUUAAGAUUUGAAUUGCAAGACAAUUUGCUAUUGAAUUGAAUUGAGAGUGAGGGAGAUAGACGACUAGAAACUUCCAUUUUAUUGUUAAGGUUUUAAAAUAUUCGCUUGAAACAUUUCGAAUAUUUCCUGCCAAAAAGCACAGAUAAAAAUUAGCGCACAGCCUGUUAUGUGUAUUUUGUAAGUCGUAGAGCGAUGCUUUAUAUUUUAAGUACGUAAUUACAACUGUAAUUGUUAUAAUUCAGUAAUAAAAUAUUGAAAAAAA